CUGCCUAAUUUUGUUGGUCGAACGCGCAAUGUUUGUCCUUUACGGCUCUCGGUUUGCUUUCCGAGUCAACAUGGCGGCCCCCUUGGUGCCCUUGCAGCGAUUCUGUAAACUGGCCUCUCUUCAUGUGUGCGGGAGGAGGAGGCUGUGGAGUUCCAGUGUGGCGACACCACCAUCGCUGUACAAAAGGCUGCUCCUGGCUCUCACACAGCGUUUCUAUGACGUUGAGAUUCUCCUCAACUGGAGGAGUCAGUUAAAAAGCCAGGCACUGCAAAAAAAGAAUGCAUACUACCAUUACACCCAGGAGCACUAUGGAGAUAAUGUAGCAUCAGCGUACUUCAUCCUGAAUAUGCAUGGAUCAUUUAGGUAUGCAGGCCAGUCAGAGUGGUUCCGUUCGGACAGCAGCGGCAAAUUCAGCUGGGACUUUGUGAACCAGAAAGACUCCUUGUUGGAGGAAGUAGACUUGGGCCACACAGUUAUCAACCAAAUGGGGCUGGGAAACUUGGUGGGGAACCCUUUGCGCACUUUGUCGUUACGAGGCUGCCAUGAAGUGGACGACUGGGCCCUGGCCAGGCUUCAUGUGUUCCAGGACACUCUGGAGGAGCUGGACAUCUCCUGCUGUCCGCACAUCACAAUAGGAGGCCUAGCGGCGCUGAGGAACCUCAAGGGGCUGCGUCGCCUGAACGUGUCAUCUCUGCCCAGGCUCGGCAGCCCCGGUCUGGUCAUCAUUAUGCUGGAGGAGAUGCUGCCGCUUUGCCAAGUCACCGCCAAGGGCUACGACCUCAGCCUCACGCAGCUGGGCGGGAACUAAGAGGAAAAGGACCACGGGGGGGUUAAACUGAGUCACAGGCAGGGGUUGCACCAUGGUAUGAGGGGCCAGGGGUCAUAGGUCGUAGAAUCAGAGGAGCCUGUCCCAGGGAGCGAGGGUGGGGAUCUAUGUGUAUGUUUGAUUCCAAUUAAACAUGCACAUCAAGGGCCAUCGGCCCAUCAGCUGCCUCGGCUGUAGGCCAGGGGGUCAGACCAUGUGAGGUGGUCAGGAGAAUUUCAUCACAUCGGAAUUGGAUAAUUAUUGCAGUAAGACUGACUGUACAGGAUGGUUGCAAUGUUGUCUGUGUAUUUAUUAGAUCACAAAAUUGGAAUGUGUAUUUUGUAAAUAAUGUGAAAAUAAAGAAUUCCUCAUGUUG